UAAAAACACCUCUAAUUUCCCAUAUCUAUUCUCCUAAUCCUAAUUCUUGUAAAAAUCUAAUCCUAAUAUCCAACCACUCUUACUCCUCUUCUUCUCAUUAUUUUUCAUUAAUAACUUAUCUCUUGCCUAAAUCAUCACACAGACACCUAAAUACCUCUUUUAAGUCACUUCUGGGCACUUCAGGUUUUUUCUAAAGAAGGUCUGAUCAGAAUGAAAUAUUUUCGUGAUCACUUACUUUAUAUUCCUUAGCAGAAUUUUGAAACGUUCGUCUUGUGUAAUUGUCUAUUUCAGAUCGGCCUGUAAAAGGUUAGGAUAAGUUGGUAAAAGGUUUCCCCAAUAUGAGUUCUCAAAGGACUGGGAUGAAUCGUGUCUCAACGUACCAGAAGACUUGUCUUGAAGCACUGGGCGGUACUUUCAAGAUGUAAUAGUAGUAUUCUCAGUUCCUUUCCUGUCUAGCCUAAAUUAAAAAAUCAUUGAAGGCCUAACAUAAAUUGUACAUUUUAAGGAUCUUACCUCCAAAACUCCUGCUGUGAGCAUCUGUCGAUAUGUAUGACUUGAUUAGAUUUAUCCUUGAUCACGAUAGAUUGUAUAAAGCUUGGCUGGAGAAUCUCCUCUGACUCCUCAGAAUUAACACUAAGCUGAUCUUUUUCACAAAACUGUCCUUCUCCAACCUUGAUUUCUGAUCCUUUUUGAGCUAAAAUUCCUUCUGAAGGUUUCUCUAGCUCCUCAGUUGUGCGAAGAGACUCAACUGUGGUAGACCCAAGUGUCACAUCAUUCGUAGAGAUUGAUCUACUUGUGAUAAAGUUGUAGAAUAACU